AUGCUUCCGACCUCGCAACUUGCCUCGCCUCGUGCAAGGCUUCUCCUGGCACGCACUGCUCUCAACUCUAGCGCCCUGGCCUCUGCACAGUCCAAAGCCAGCCAGCAGAGCCGACAGUUUUGCGGUUUCCACCUGGGACAUCGUCGCCACCGCAUCUCUGCCUUGAAAUAUCUAGUCUCCCUCAACCGACGAUGGGAGAAUCCCAAGUCGGGAAGCUUCAAAGCCGCUGCCUCAUCUGGGAAAUACACCGAUCCAAAGGACGUCAAGUCAUGGUCAGAUGACUUGUCCGGGGCUCGCCCUGGCCGCAACAUCGAGGACGUCGAGCGAGACGCCAUCAACCGUCUAUUUCACCAUGACGAUGGUGUGUGGACGCCCCUGCAGAACAUCCGAAACUACCUGCACGCGAACCACCGAUCCAACAAAGUCACUGCUGAAAGCGUUCUACGAGCCACUGCGGGCGACAGCCCCAACUUCAUUGAUCCCAUCACCAAUCGUAGGGUGUCACGCGCAGAGCAUGGCAAAUACUCGGCGACACACUUUGACGACCCCAACGCACCCCGAAAGUUGACCCCCGAAGAGGAGUCCAAGCAAUACACAGACCUGGGCAAGUACAAGCCCGCCAAGUGGAAUGAGCCCGAUGGACUGCCUCACCUGACUCCCGAGGAGCGUUCCAAGAUAUAUGAGGACUUGCCAGAGUACUCGAAGAUGAAGAUUGACAAUCCAAAUGCACCCCGAAAGCUGACGCCCGAAGAAGAGUCCAAGAACUACGAGGAUUUGGACAAGUACAAGCCCGUGACGUGGAAUGAGCCCGACGGUCUUCCACAACUCACUCCUGAAGAAAAGUCCAAAAUCUACGACGAUCUUGACAAGUACGGUCCCGUCAGGUGGCACGAGCCGGAUGGCCUGCAAGAGAGGUCGCAGGAGGAAAAAUCCAAGGAUUACGAGGACUUGCACAAAUACGGUCCCGCCACUUUCGACGAGCCAGACGGCCUUCGACGCCUGACCCCUGAGGAAAAGUCGAAAGAUUAUACGGACCUACAUGCUUACGGCGGCCCUUUUACUUGCAGGGAAUCCGUCCUUAAAGACUACGAGGUUCUACAGAACGACCCCACGCCCAAGGCAGAACCAAUUCCUGCCAAGGUUGAAGUACGCGGCAACACUACGCCUCAGUAUGAUGACCUGGACAAGUAUGGGCCUGUUCGCUGGCAUGAGCCCGAUGGUCUUCGCCCAUUGACCCCCGAGGAGCUCUCCAAGGACUACGAAGACCUCCACCUGUAUGCGCAAUAUCCCAAUGCCGGCCCGAAGACUCCUCGGGUGCAUCCAGAGGAAGCAUCCAAAGUAUAUCAAGACCUGCCCCAGUAUUCGGCAUUCCCUAAUGGUGGGCCAGCGGUGGAGAGAAUCCACCCGGAAGAAGCCUCCAAGCACUACAAGGACCUUCCCGCCUAUGCCAUCAAUGGCUACGUAGAGCCGGAAAAGACACGCCACAUCCACCCCGAGGAAUUGACCAAGAACUACACUGACUUGGGCAAGUAUGAGCCGCAGAGCUUUGACUCUCCUGAUAAGCCUUAUCCUAUUCACCCCGAGGAGGCAUCCAAGGCGUACAAGGAUCUUCAUGGCUACAGGUCAGCCCCUCGAGAUGUGGAGAGCGAAGCCGAGGCUCCGGACGUUGUCGCUGCCAGUCUUGAGUCUUAUGACGCAAGGGAAAGGCUUCAGGCCGACAUAGCAGCUGCCAGGCAUGGCGGGAGCAGCAUUGAGGAAGCGGAGAGCUCCCUUGAAUCACUGACGGCAGAUGAUAUUCGAAGCCAGGUGCUGAGCCGGGCCAACAUGGCUCAAGAGAUGGCUGCUGAGAAAGAGGAAGAGCCAGAGAUGGAAAUGAGUUCUAUGGAUGAAAGUUUUCCCAGUGAGUUGUCGAAGUCCGAAUCCGAACCGAUCGAACGCAUCACCGGCGAUCUGGCCCAAUUACGCGCCGAGAAGGACCCGUACUCUAACGAUCCAAAGGGACUAGAAACAAGUUACUCUGAGGAAUGUGGUGGUGAGACAGUAGAGGCUGUAGCUAAGCACUAUGAUGAGCCUGCCACGGCGACGGUAACAGAUGAGCCGGUCAAGUACAAGAUCCUCGCCUACGACACAUCCACCAAGUCUGUUAGCGUUGCCGAGACCACAUCCGACGACCAUGACGUUUCUCCUCCCCCUAAGCUGACGGACGUGCUGCUUCGGCUGUCGCACGCGUCCAAAUUUCUCCCUUACUUUAAACCCCUGCAGGAACACGGCUACGACAUUGUAUCAGGCGGAGGCGACGUGCUCAUUUUCCGCAAGAACCGACCCGCCUUGCCCAACGCCAGCGAUCUCCCUUUGGAGCUUUCCGGCAACCCGGCUCGCAUCAACCCCACGCAGAGAGACGAAGCCGAGCGCAACGGAUCGGUAGCUCCACAAAAGAAGAAGAGGAGCUUCAGCAAGAAGCUGGUGAUGGGGACUGUCUGGGUGGGCGGAGCGGCGUAUGCGGUUGGAGCUCUGGCUGAGCACUUUUCUGCUGCUGGCAAAUGA